GUGACCAGCGGGCGGGGCCUAGUUGGCGACAUCUCUGUCCAACAUGGAGUACGGAGAAGAAAAGCCAGCGCCGCCCUAAACUUUUCAAUUCAAUCCCAAUGUUUGCAACUUUGUGCUCACAAAAACAGUCGAGUCACGCUUGUUAAUGCCAGAAGCUUACCCGGAUCCUCGGACGUCAUUGGAGUGCCUGUAUUUUUUUUUUUUAUUUUUUUUUUUUUUUUUUUUACGGCAACCGCGCUAACCGGCGGGCAGAAGCAGCACAAGAAAGUGCGAGAACUUCUUCAAAUAAUCCUAUUAGACCUACUUCAAACAACAACAGCACCUUGGAAGAAUCGAGAAGAGGAGGCGGAUAUAAUCCAAAGUUACUUCCGCUCAACUUGUGGGGUCACCAGAAUGCAGAAUGUGGCAAGUGUGUCGGCCUCCCUGGGCUCCAUGGGGCUGCUGCGUCUCUGCGGGGUCUCCUGGCCCUGGUCGCUGGCAGCAGGACUGGGCAUGUAUUUGGGCACCACCAGCUGGAAGUACUUUUACAUAGCGGCGAGGACCGCCAAGAGAGACAUCUUCGGUCUGUAUGUGCUGCUUAGAGUAAGGCUGGCGUUGUGGCGCUUCAUGCGCAACGGAAGCAACGUACCCUCCAUUUUCUCAGAAACUGUGAAGCGCAACCCAAAGAAGAUUGCGCUGAUCUACGAGGCCACGGGGGAAACGUGGACCUUCACCCAGCUAGAUCAUCUGUCUAACUCGGUGGCCAACUGGGCGAGACAUCAGGGCUGGAUCUCGGGGGACGUGGUGGCCCUCUUCAUGGAGAGUCGGCCGCUGCAAGUGGCGCUCUGGCUGGGCCUGGCCAAGGUCGGGGUGGAGGCUGCUCUGAUCAACUUCAACCUCCGCCGCGACUCCCUCCUGCACUGUGUCGGGGCGUCCAAGUCUCGAGCUAUUGUGUUCGGAGCUGAGCUUGCAGAUGCCAUGUUGGAGGUCACUUCCUCCCUCGGUCAGUCCAUGGUGCGGUUUUGUACCGGAGACCUAAACGUUCAUCAGCUGGCCUACCUGGUUGCGACACCCCUGGAUCCCAUUUUAGCGUCCAUGCCGGGCUACACCUCUUCCGCUUGCAUCCCCCAGAAAAGCAUGAGUGAUCGUUUGUUUUACAUCUACACCUCUGGCACCACAGGGAUGCCCAAGGCCGCUAUUGUUGUGCACAGUCGGUAUUACAGGAUCGCUGCUUUCGGCUACUAUGCUUUUGGCAUGUGCCCAGAGGACAUCGUGUACGACUGUCUUCCUCUCUAUCACUCAGCAGGUAAUAUCAUGGGCGUGGGCCAAUGUCUGAUGCACGGCCUCACUGUUGUAGUGAAGAAGAAAUUUUCAGCAAGCCGCUUCUGGGAUGACUGCAUCAAAUACAAUUGCACAGUGAUCCAGUACAUUGGAGAAAUAUGCCGCUACCUCCUGUCUCAGCCUGUGCGAGCGUCAGAAAAGGGCCACAAAGUUCGCCUGGCCGUGGGAAACGGUCUGCGGCCCAGCGUGUGGGAGGCCUUUACAGAUCGCUUUGGAGUGAAGAAGAUCGGCGAGUUCUACGGCGCCACCGAGUGCAACUGUAGCAUCGCCAAUUUGGAUGGCAAGGUGGGCGCCUGUGGAUUUAACAGUCGCAUCCUGCCCAACGUCUACCCCAUCCGCCUGGUUCGAGUGGACGAGGACUCCAUGGAGCUGGUCCGGGACAAACGUGGCCUCUGUGUGGCCUGUCAACCCGGAGAACCAGGACUCCUGGUAGGUCGCAUCAACCAGCAGGACCCCUUGAGGCGCUUUGACGGCUAUGCUAAUCAUGAAGCUACAAAGAAGAAAAUAGCCCAUAAUGUCUUCAGAAAGGAUGAUUCUGCGUACUUGUCAGGUGACGUUCUGGUGAUGGAUGAGCUGGGCUACAUGUACUUCCGGGACCGCGGUGGCGACACUUUCCGCUGGCGAGGAGAGAACGUGUCCACCACAGAAGUGGAGGGCAUACUCAGCAACCUCCUGGAUCAGACUGAUGUGGCCGUGUACGGCGUGGCAGUGCCAGGUGUCGAAGGCAAGGCAGGCAUGGCCGCCAUUGCAGACGCCGACGGCACUUUUGACUGCAGCUUGUUCCUGGAGAGGAUUGAGGCAGCGCUCCCGUCGUAUGCUCGACCUGUGUUCCUGAGACUCUCGCCCAGCGUGGACACCACAGGUACUUUCAAAAUCCAGAAAACCAGACUGCAGCGGGAGGGCUUCGACCCCCGCCUCACCAGCGACCGCAUCUACUUCUUAAACUCCAAAUCUGCGCCUUACGUGGCGGUGGACGAGGAGCUCUACGUGGCCAUCGUGGAAGGCCGUGUGCAUUUAUGACAGGACCUGCGCUCGCGGCGCCUCGCUUUACAUUGGAGGCCCAGACCAAGAUGAAGUCUUGUCUGCACCACUUGACCAGAGUUUAACGCCUUCAGGGAAACACAGUCCAGGUGACUACUCACUCCUUAGGAAGUACUUUUACACACACUUCCUCUUUUAU